AUGCUCUCCGCCGUGCGAUCUGGUUCCAUUGGCCGGUGGCGAUCGCCGCCGCACCUCCUCCCACGCCUCCUCUCCUCCUCGUCCUCCUCCUCCGGCACUUCUCCCGCGCGGCCGCAGGCGGCGGCGCUGCUGGAGCUCCCGGAGGUGGAGAAGGUGCUGCGCGACGUCCGGGCGGGCGACGUGCGCGUCUUCCCCGUCGGCGAGGGCGGGCUGCACGGGGGUGCCUGCGCCGACUACAUGGUCGUCGCCACAGGCCGCUCCGAUUGGCACAUAAAGCAAAAGCAGAAGGGCUCUGAUAGAAUAUUGAUGCCAAGUGUAGAAGGUCAGCAAGCGGGAAAAUGGGUUGUCAUUGAUUCAGGAAGCAUAAUCAUCCACGCACUUGAAGAAAGGGCAAGAGAGUAUUAUGAUUUAGAAAGCAUUUGGUCAAAAGAGGUGUCCCCUAACACUUCUGUUCAGAGAGAUGUCUGUAUCUGGCAGUUAGAACGGAUAUUUAAGGAACUUCCUCAUGAGAUGACCUAG